AUGACGCUUAGCACCACCUUUGCCCAAGCCUUUACCUCCUUUGCCGCGACCGGACAUUCUCGGUUGUCUGAAUUAUCGUCAAGGUUUAAAAAGGGAAAGGUCUCGCUCUAUGUUAAAUUACUGCAGAACAGAAAUUACUUUUCAAUCUAUACCCUUCAAUCUGACCUCUCGGGAAACAUUAUUUCUUGUAUUUACAUAGAUUUGUUCUUAGUAAAAGGACAACAAAAGAAUAUUAUAAUUUUCUUUCGCCCCACUGUCUAUUGUAAGGCAUGCAAAUCAAAGCAGGGUGUCUCCGAAGCCGAACCAAUCAGAAAUGCAUAAAUCCUUAAAUAUCCAAUCGGCUUGCGACAGCCUCCUGAUAAAUCGCGGCCAUAAAAAUUGCCCAGCUUUCACAUAGAGCCUUUAAUCUUCUGAACAUCAGUUUCACAGUCAUGGCCCGAACCAAGCAAACAGCGAGAAAGUCCACCGGAGGAAAAGCGCCUCGUAAACAGCUGGCUACUAAGGCAGCUCGAAAGAGCGCUCCUGCUACUGGUGGCGUGAAAAAACCGCACCGUUACAGGCCAGGAACAGUGGCCCUCAGAGAGAUCCGUCGUUAUCAGAAGUCCACCGAGUUGCUGAUUCGCAAGUUACCGUUUCAGCGUCUUGUUCGAGAAAUCGCUCAGGAUUUCAAGACCGACUUGCGCUUUCAAAGCUCAGCCGUGCUGGCUCUUCAAGAGGCUAGCGAAGCCUACCUGGUCGGUCUUUUCGAGGACACCAACCUUUGCGCCAUUCACGCUAAACGUGUCACCAUCAUGCCUAAAGAUAUCCAGUUGGCUCGUAGGAUCCGGGGCGAACGUGCAUAACAGCUCAGCUCGGUUCUGACAAUCUCACAUUACAAACGGCUCCUUUAGGAGCCACCACCUGACAAUAAAAGUUAAUGGCCAAUAAACUACUUCUUACCUUGUCUCUACUUAUUUCUUUAUUAGUUACUAGUGAAAUGAGACAGAAAUAAUUCUCAUACUCCACGCCGUUACAAGUUUUUCGCGAUAAGGACACAGUAGAGUACUAGUAUCCCUAAGCUUACCAAAAAAUUAGUGAUUGCGCCCAACAACUCCUUAUUCGUUCAGUCUAUCUCUCUGCCUGUCUUCCUAUGUUGACGUUUACAAUCCAUCUCAUUUUCAAAGAACUUAGCAAACAUCUUAGAGGUAACAGAUCUAUCGCGAUCAGUAGUAACUGAUCCCUCUGCGGUCCGCUAUAACAACUUAAGAAAAGAGUUGCGCAAGUAACCAACAUUAGCUAUCGCUGUGGAGACUAUAACGAGACAUGUCUGUCAAAAGCACCCAGAAGAAAGCUUCUAAACAGCCGGCCGAACACCCUAAGUAUGCAGAAAUGAUCAUACAAGCCCUUCACGCCCUGAAAGAUCGUAAUGGUUCUUCACGUCAGGCUGUCGACAAGUACGUUAAGAACCAUUUCAAAGUGGGAGACAAAGCAAGUCAUUUUAUUAAAAUGGCUCUUAAGAGAGGCGUGGAGAAUGGUCAAUUUAUCAACACCAAAGGGUCCGGAGCUUCAGGUUCUUUCAAGGUCAACAAAGAAGUAAAGAAAGCAAAGGCAGCCAAAGACCUGGCGAAGAAGACCAAAACCGCCGAUCCAGCCAACAAACCAAAAAUAAAGAAGGUCGCCGCGAAAGAAAAGACCGCCCGCAAACCAGCCGAGAAAACCAAGAAAUCGCCGGGUAAGAAAGUUUCCAGCAGCAAGAAGAAGACACCUCUCGUGCCAAAGAAGACUGCCACAAAGAAGCCGUUGCCUAAGAAAGCGAAAGAAAGCAAAGCCUCGGUUAAAAAAUCAGCCAACAAGAAAGUCAGUGGCAAGUAA